CCCGUGGCUUUAGUAGGAACACCUAUGAGUGAGGCAUGUCCAAGGAGCUUGGCCCUUCUCGCUGACAGGGAAAGAGCGUGACCUCCCGGAGCGGUGCCACGGCGGGAUCUAACAAGGGUCUGGCCGGCCCCUGCGGCGCCGGGGCCGAAGCAGCCCGGGGCGGUGCGGGCUGUGCCGCCCGUCAGCGCUCACCUGUCCCCGGACGGGCUCCGGUCCCGGCUCCUUCCCGCGGCAGAGCGGCGGCGGGGCCAGGUCCGGAGCCGGGGGCGCCGCCAGCCCUCGCCCUCUUCCCUCGGCCGUCCCGCCCCGGGGAGGGGGCAGCGGCCGCCUCCGGCCACACCUGUGGCGCAGCGGCGGAGGAAGCGCCGAGGUCGGCGGAGACGGGUCGGCGCCCGGCGGCACCAUGACGGUGGGUGCGCGGCUGGGCGCCAAGGUGAGGGGCAGGUUCUCCCGCCGCGGGCCCGGCGACGACCAGGUCUCCAUCCUGCCCGGCGAGGAGGAGGAGGGGGCGGCGGGAGCCGGGGGCGGCGCGGGGGCCCCGCGGCCGGCGGCGCUGCAGGAGGAGGAGGAGGAGGGCACCGGGUGCAGGAAGGUGCGCUUCGCCGUCCUGCCCGGCUCCUACGAGCCGCUGCGCCCGCCGCGGGCCCCCGGCAAGCGGCCCUAUGGAAAGCGCCUGAAGAAGUACGGAAAGAAUGUCGGGAAGGUUCUGCAGAAGGGUUGUCGCUACUUGGUGGUCGGUCUGCAAGGAUUAGCAGCAGCCUAUUCUGCUCCCUUUGGAGUGUCAGCACAUGUGGCAUCCUUCGUCCGCUAGUGCAGCUCCCUGUGCCCCACGGGAGGGGACACAAGGCCACUGCUGCUUUCUCAGGAUUAAAUUUGAGACCUGGAUCUGAAAAACCUCUUGGACCAACAGCCCUGAGCCCCUGUGCCAGGCCCUUUCCAAGACUGAAUGCUCUUCUCUGAAAAAAAAUUCCAGUGCUUUGUAAAAUCAGAUCAGGUCAAAGUGUAAGGAUGGGAAAAUAAUCUUUGAUUAAUUGAACUGAAGUUUGGUUUUGGGCAUGAGCUGUGUGGAAGGGAGCCAAGGAUGGAUGGAAAAGCAAGUAGAUGAGGGAGAGAGAAAUGAAGGAAAACAGAGGAUGAGAGAGCAGCUGGGGAGGUGGAGAUGAGUUUGCAUAGUGAGAGGAAUUGUCAAAGCAGUGGAGGAAACAGAUAACAGAGGAUUAGGAAAAGAUAGUCUUUGGUUUUCUGAGAUUCUGAGUUUGGUGGUGUUUUUUUAUCUGAGAGGGUUAAGAUUAUGAGUGUACUUAAAAAUAUGCUUGGACAUAAAUGGAAUGUGGCCUGAGACAUGGAGAGCUUUGCUGCAUCAUGGUUGUUCAUUUCAAACAUUGGACAUAAUGAGCCUUUAAGUAAUCAUGAGAAAGAUGUAAAAAUACGGAAAGAAAAUGAGGUGUGUAUCUGUGAUUUUGGGGCAUUAAAGGCUCACUGUGAUUAACAUUUUAAACUUUUCCUCUGCUACUAUGAAAUCUGCAUAUAUUCUUUUACUGAGAACAGAGUUCAUGUGUGAUAUACCUGAUUCUGGAAGCUGGGGCAUUUUAUGUCUAAUUCUGUGGUGUUCACCAGGGGAAAAGCAAUUGAUUGCCAGCUGCAUCUGAGAAAAACUAUACAUACAGCAUUUGGUAUAAGAAUGUACAAGUGUGAUGUAUUAGAAUAGGGCUAAAUAACCUGCCAGCUCCAUCUCUCACCUGGCAGCUGUAAGCAGAGGAUGCCAAUACCAGAUGCCUCAGCUCAGUGGUGCAGAUGCAAAAGCUUCCAUGUCACACCUCCAGGGACAUAAAUCAUAUAUUGAUGACACAGAAACAAGGUGGUUUAUGGGCCUUAAAAAUUUUGUGGGGUUUGUUUGUUUGUUUGUUUCUCUCAGUCUUUAGUGGUAGUUGUAAAUGACUUCCCUGAUAGCACUUUCUCUGUAUUAUGUAUCUUUCUAGUUUUGAUGGUGUUUUUUGUAAUCAAGGAGUUGACUUAACUGGAAAAAAAUUCUGUUCACUUGCUUUCUUUGCCUUUUCUGAACAAAGGAGUUUGUAUGUCUUGGCAAACCACACUGUAUUUCUUUUAAAUGUAGCAAAUGAAUCAGAUGGGGGGGGUGGGGCAGUGUGUUAUGCUCUUUUCUAACUGGACUGUAAAUAAAACCCACGAGAUCCA